UACGUGUUGACAGGACGGUUGGAGUGUCCGCUUCCCCCGCCUGGAUGGAGUAACCUGAGAGACGGAGAUCCUGCUGUUGUUCUUCCUUCAAGAGACGACCAUGGCCGACGAGCAGCCCCCCCAGGCCCCGCAGGCCCCCCAGGCCCCGCAGGCCUGGACCAUCGACAGGGACGACUACGAGCUCAACGAGGUGAUCGGUAGUGGAGCAACGGCGGUCGUCCAAGCAGCUUACUGCAAGCCCAGGAAGGAGAAGGUGGCGAUCAAACGCAUCAACCUGGAGAAAUGUCAGACGAGCAUGGACGAACUCCUGAAAGAGAUCCAGGCGAUGAGCCAGUGCCACCAUCCCAACAUAGUGUCUUAUUAUACGUCGUUUGUGGUGAAGGAUGAGCUGUGGCUGGUGAUGAAGCUGCUCAGUGGUGGCUCUGUGUUGGAUAUCAUCAAGCAUAUCAUCUCUCGUGGUGAGCACAAGACGGGCGUGCUGGACGAGGCCAGCAUCGCUACCAUGCUGAGGGAGGUGCUGGAGGGGCUGGAGUACCUGCACAAGAACGGCCAGAUCCACCGGGAUCUGAAGGCGGGGAACAUUCUUCUAGGAGACGACGGCUCGGUGCAAAUCGCUGACUUCGGCGUGAGUGCUUUCCUGGCCGCUGGAGGAGACAUGACUAGGAACAAGGUCCGGAAGACGUUCGUGGGGACCCCCUGCUGGAUGGCUCCGGAGGUCAUGGAGCAGGUUCGUGGCUACGACUUCAAGGCUGACAUCUGGAGUUUUGGGAUAACAGCCAUUGAACUGGCCACUGGAGCCGCACCGUACCACAAAUACCCGCCCAUGAAGGUGUUGAUGCUGACGUUGCAGAACGACCCUCCGUGCCUGGAGACGGGGAUCACAGACAAAGAAAUGGUGAAGAAGUACGGCAAAUCCUUCAGGAAGAUGCUCUCUUUGUGUUUACAGAAAGACCCCGAAAAGAGGCCAACUGCUGCUGAGUUACUGAAGCACAAAUUCUUCACCAAAGCCAAGAACAACGAGUACCUGCAGGAGAGGCUCCUCCAGAAAGGACCCACAAUAUCCGACCGAUCUAAAAAGGUGCGGCGCGUCCCGGGCUCCAGCGGCCGACUCCACAAGACGGAGGACGGGGGCUGGGAGUGGAGCGACGACGAGCUGGACGAGGAGAGCGAGGAGGGGAAGGCUGCCGUGGCGGCUCUGCGGUCCCCCAGAGUAAAGGAUGGAUCCCAGAACAUGGAGCUUUUCCCCCCAGCAGACAGCUCUGCAGCGCAUCUGCAGCCCCCUGCUGCAGCACCCGAGGGAGCUGCCGCGCUGACCCCAGCAGAGGAGGAUGCUGCCCCCCAGGCGGCCCCCCAGGGGGCCAGCCCCGCGCACGGACCAGCGGUCCAGGUGCAGCAGGACCCGGCCACCUCUGGGACUCCCAUCAGCCUCGUGCUCAGACUGAGAAACAACAAGAAGGAACUCAACGACAUCCGCUUUGAGUUCAUGCCAGGAAGAGACUCUGCUGACGGAGUGUCCCAGGAGUUGGUCUCCGCUGGUCUGGUGGACGGCAGAGACCUGGUCAUCGUUGCUGCCAAUUUGCAGAAAAUUGUUGAUGACCCUCAAAGCAACAAAAACGUGACCUUUAAACUGGCGUCUGGGGUGGUGGAAGAGUCGGAGAUCCCCGAUGAUAUCAAACUCAUCGGCUUUGCGCAGCUGAGCAUCAGUUAAGUGGAGCAGACGACAGGAGACAGAAGCAAACGGUUUUGCACGGCUGCAGGACGGUCCACUCAGAAACCACUACUGCCAACCAGGAGAUGGUUGGAGAGAGGAGGACGUGCAGGGGGAGAGGAGGGGCUGCUGCAGGGUGCAUGAGGACCACACGGAGGGUUCAGGCCAUCACAGGAAUCACACUUGAAAUGUUUACAGUGCGCUUUUACAGCAGACGGGAGAAGAAAUGCAAUCAGCUCUUAUAUCAGUCACUCAUGUCUGUCCUUCCUCCUCACACACGAGCACAAGCCCAACCAUCUCCUGCCAGUACUGGGAACUAUUGCCUUUAUUUCUUUCUUUCUUUCAGAUGUGCCACAAAGCUCAAAAGUAUCCCGCCACCUCUCCGCGGCUCUUCCCGCUGCGCUGACCCCGGGGGGCGUAGACUGGGCCUUACAUGUGUCUAACUGGGAAGUGGGCGGGUUAAUCAGCUACAUCACGUCCCUGUCACACACACCGUAGCACAGCGUCAGUCGUCAUUCCAUACAUUCAGAUUCUACUGCAGUUUUACUAAAGAAAAUGUGGAAAAGCUGUUGUCCCGCAGCGUUGUGAAGACCCGUCCCCGUCCCGUCGUCAGUGUGCUGUUGUCCAGGCGGAACCACGGAGCUUAAAGCUGACACAUUAUCCCUUCAACUUUUAUUCCCCUCUUUCUUCCAAACUGUCCCCAUUCCCAGAGUCUUAACAUCUGAGACGUGUCCUGGUAGAAAUCUGCCGUGGGUGGAGCAGAAAAGCUUCUGUCUCUUUCUCCUAAAUCAGGUUUCAUCCUGGUAGCCCCCCCUUCUCUCUUUGGAGAUCCGUGUUCCAGCUUUGGUGGAAACUCUUUGGAGGUGCGGUUGAGGGGAGAAGGCAGCCGGGGAGCUGGCCGUUCCUGCGCCCACCUGAGAGCCGUGGGACCUCAGUGGGGGUCCACGUCUCACCUGUUAACCCCCCUGAUAAACACAGCUCUGAAACACAUUCCAUCAGAGGAAGCUUUGAGUCAGCGCUGGUUCUCCUGAGGCUUCUCUCUCACUGACAGCUGCCUGAUAGUCUAUGCAAUAGUGCUUCUUCAUAUUACCCUUCAUUUCCACUCCACGCUACCAUUUGUGUAAAAGCAUCAAACUGCUUUUUUUUGCACGUUGAAAGAGUUCAGCCAUUGAGCUGCGUGUGCAGCUCCAUCAACCUGCAGGGGCAGUUAGAACGGUGCCAGAAUGAAAACAUCAUGCAGCAUCGUCAGAGAGAUUCCUGCUUCUGAUGACCAUCAACACCCGGGGAGAACCCUGAGGGCUGGUCCAGCCGGGCCCAGGUCCGGGUCCGGGCCCAGGUCCGGGUCAGCAGGUCCGGGCCCAGGUCCGGGGACCUCCGGUCCUGAAGCUCAGAAAGCACCUGGGGUGGGUCUCUGCCCCCCCAGGACCUCUGCUGUUACUGUCCAGGGUUCUGCUGAGGUUCUGCUGAGGUUCUGCUGAGGUUCUGCUGAGGUUCUGCUGAGGUUCUGCUGCCACCUGAACCCCCUAACACCUGGCGCAGUUGUUGUUUUCUCGCCCCAUUGGGCCGCUGUUAAGAAAUAAAUAAUAAUAUUGUAACAAAGGCAGCAGAAUGUCCAGAUAUGUGGAGCUGUGAAGCGGCUUGUGGGUGGCCGGCUGGGGCUGGGGGAGGGGCGGCUGGUCCUGGUCUCAGCAGGGCCCACACAAGUCAACUGCUGCUGGCUAAUGUUUGAUUUGUCUUCUCUACAGCUGUUAAUAGUUCAGUGUCAAGUUUGGCACAGAAAAUUUCCAGUUGUGAGCUGGUCAGAUCCACCACGGAUCGUCCUCCGGGGCCACAGUUAGUCCUGGCGUUAGUUUCAGUCCUUUAGUCUCCAGUCUUCCAGGAGCUCGCCGCUGUCCUGACUGUCCUGACUGUCCUGACUGUCCUGACUGUCCUCAAACUCUUCCCUUCAACACGGCACCAAAGCUUUCUUAGGUUUAAUUUAGAAGUUUAGUCUGCCCCCUGAAAUGCAUCCAUACCCUCCAUUAUAUUGAGAAGAAGCGUGACAUUUAAGCUGAAAUCUCAGUUGUUUUUAAACAAAUGCAAAACUUUCUGCGUGGCAAGAUUUCACUCAAACAUUUGAUGAGAUAACCCCGAGGACGUUUCUUCUUCUUCAUAAUAUUUCUUCAUAUAUCUUCAUUUGUCACUGUACUGUAGUUUACUUGCUCUGAACGCCGACUGUCGUCACUCCCGGUGUAGCCGUCUGUCCUUUUGUUGGGUUUUUUUUUUUUUUACACUUUUUAUUUUUUAAAUAAUUGUACCACAUGCAAAGGGCUGCGCUGAAGCUCCCAGUUCAGGUACUGAUGUAAAUGGUAUAUGUAAAGAUAUAAAUGUACAUACGAUUGCAACUCCAUGCACUGUCUCACAAACGUGGAAAGGUUUCUAUGUAACGGUGUCGAUGCAUUGACUGUUUUAAGUGUACAAUAGCCAAUAAAAGAAAUAUUUAACUUGUAAAUAUUGAUGAAGGCAGCCGGAUUGAGACCGGACCAGUGUUGGUGUGUUAGUGUUGGUGUGUUAGUGUCGGUGUGUUACUUCACCCGACAGACGCCUCACACCCACAGGACUCUGGCUGAGUGGGACGAUAACAGCAUUGAUAAAAGAGCUUGGAAAGGAAGUCGGAUGGACUUUUUAUUUUAUUUACUCAGAAAACUCGUUCUUCCGGCUUCUUUAUGUGUUUGAAAAAAGGAAGCAUUGAUUGGCAAGUACAUAUUUAUAUUUUAAGUGUUUUCAUGUCAUCACAUAUUUCAAAACAUGCUUGAUCAUAACGAAAUCUGAAGCAGAACAUUUGUGAAGAGGAAAUUCCUUGACUGAUUAUUUACGUUGUUCAAUGCAUACAAAUUCAUUUUUAGUAUUUGAAUAAAAUCACUUGUUGGAAUUCA